AUGCAUCAUCAAACUCCUCAACAGGAGACUAAUGGUGUGGAGAUCCCAGUUCAGAAUUCUGUGGAAUCACAGAAUUUGCGUGAGAUGACUGGGGCAGCAGGUGAUCCUGUGGAUGUUGCAGAAGGUGUUGUAGGAGAGGUUCUUGUAAAUCCUGUUUCUGUGGCUCAAGUCAACCCUUCUACAGCUGGUUCCAGUUUGGAGGAAGUGAAUGCCCGUGGAGAUGUAUCUGUGAUUGCUGGCUUUGCGGAAAAUGACCACCACUCUACAAUUGGAACCAGUUUAGAGGCAUUUCUUAUAAGGCCUGGGUUUGCUGAUGAUUGCAAGGGAAGGGAAUUCCUGAGGGAAUUGAAAAUUGAAAGUCAUUUCUUCUUAGUCACUAAGGUUAAGUGGAUUAAGUGGGAGUCUCCUCUUGAAAAUGUGUUGAAGCUCAAUGUUGAUGGUGCCUCUAAUGAUUAUUGUUUUAAAGUGAGGACUGCUUGGGGGCAGAUGGCUGUGUCUGACAGCUGGACUGGUUGCCUAGCAGACUUUGGAGGACCAGAGGAUGGUGAUGGUGUGGAGCUGUGA